UAUAUAUUGGCUCUUGAUUAUCAUGUCCACAAGAAGCUCUCUCUCUCUCUCUCUCUCUCUCUCUCUCACACACACACACACACACAUAUAUAACAUGUGAGCCAGAAGGCACGGCACGGGGUUCCUGAUCAGAACCUGCCACUAUUCCCUUGCGAAUCACGAAACCCAACUCCCCAAUCCUCAAGUGGUACACUCUUCCUUUGCCUUUCUCUUGCAAAUUGUAACCUCCGUUAUUUAGGACAGUUACUUUAAGGUGUGGGAAUGGAUGAAACAUAUAUUCCCAUGAACAGAAACCUUAAACCACUCCAUUCAAAUUCCAUGAAUGCUAAUGCUGUCAGACCGCUUCAAUUUCUAAGCAGAAACAGCACGCGGAGGGUUACUCUUGCUUUUAGUCUCUGGGCUAGCUUCCUCGUCUUAGGCCCUCUCUUGGUUGCUUCAUAUGAUGGGCCUUUAUACGAUCACACUGCUUAUUCCGAGUGUAAAAGCCAGCCAGAGAAGGCGCUUUACAAGGGAGGGAUUCUCAAAAGUCAUGCCGUAAACCGCAUUGGCGUUUCUGCAAGUAACGCUAAUUCGGAGUCUUUGAUAUUGAACGAUCUUACCCAGGACACCAUUUACUCUUUCUCCAGUUGGGUCAAGAUAAAAGGUGAAGGUGCAGACUCGGCUGUCAUAAGGGCAAGCCUGAAAACAGAGAAUAAGACGUAUUACUGUAUUGGGACUGUUUUGGCCAAGCGUGGAUGCUGGUCAUUUCUCAAGGGUGGAUUUGUUCUGAGCUCUCCAUCUAAUUUCUCUGUUCUGUUCCUUCAGAAUCCGGACAAAAGAAAUGUCAGUAUAGAAAUUGCUAGCACUUCAGUACAGCCAUUUACCGAGGAACAAUGGAGAACAAGUCAGCAGUAUAUGAUUAACAGUCAAAGGAAGCGUGCGGUAACAAUCCAUGUCUCAGAUGGACAUGGAGAAGGGUUGCAAGGGGCAGCAAUUGACAUAAAGCAAGUGUCAAAAGACUUCCCAUUUGGAUCUGCAAUAGCUCAGACCAUUCUCGGAAAUUUGGCGUAUCAAAAUUGGUUUAUCAAGAGAUUCAAUGCAGCCGUAUUUGAAAAUGAACUGAAGUGGAAUGCCACAGAACCAGAACAAGGAAAGGUCAGCUACACCAUACCUGACCAGAUGUUGAGAUUUGUUCGCGCUAACCAAAUCAUUGCUAGAGGACACAACAUAGUCUGGGAGGACCCCAAGUACAUUCCUGCAUGGGUUUCUAACCUAACAGGUCCUGAACUGCAAUUAGCUGUCAACUCACGUAUACAAAGCCUACUGAACAAGUACAAAGAAGAAUUCAUUCACUGGGAUGUUAGCAAUGAAAUGCUUCACUUUGAUUUCUACGAACAACGCCUCGGCCCUAAUGCCACAUUGCAUUUCUGUAAGGCAGCACACAAGUUAGACCCUUUAGCAACACUGUUUAUGAACGACUUUAACGUGGUCGAGACCUGCAGCGAUAUAAAUUCAACCGUUGAUAUCUACAUCUCAAGGCUGAGAGAACUCGAACGUGAUGGUGUUUCAAUGGAUGGAAUUGGGCUAGAGGGUCACUUUGAUGUACCAAACCCUCCUCUAAUUAGAGCUACCAUAGACAGGUUGGCCACACUUGGGCUCCCCAUAUGGCUUACAGAGGUGGAUAUUAGCAAUACUCUCGAUAAAGAACAACAGGCUAUUUACCUUGAGGAAGUAUUGAGAGAAGGCUUUUCACAUCCUUCUGUGAACGGGAUAAUGCUUUGGACGGCGCUUCAUCCUAAUGGGUGUUACCGAAUGUGCUUGACAGACAAUAAUUUUCAAAAUCUCCCGGCUGGAGAUGUGGUUGACAAGCUUCUGAAAGAGUGGCAAACUGGGGAGAUCGAGGGUGAGACAGAUGAGCAUGGUUCAUAUAGCUUUCGUGGCUUCUUAGGAGAGUACCAAAUAAGUGUCAAAUAUGGCAAUAGGACUGCAAAUUCUACGAUCUCACUCUGUCGAGGUGCUGAAACUAAACAUUAUAACAUUCAGAUAUAACUCUUGUAUACCCAUUACUCGCACCAACCCGGUAUUCAUGAUAGAAAUUGGUUUAGAAAACCUGUAGUUUCUGGGGAUAUAAAAAACUGUUUAUCAGUUUUUGCA